AUGGCUGCUACAAAAUUGAGUUUCGCGCCUGUUGUUAAACCCUUUCAAGCCCAGAAUUUGCCAUUCGGCCAGUCAAUUCUCUGGUUACCAACAACAUCGGCACUAGUAUCAGGCACUAUCAAGGAAAAGAAUAUCGUGUCAAUAGAAGGCCGUAAGCUUCCGAGUAAAUGGGUGGUUCUGAAUGCAUCUUCGGGCAGCACAUCAUCCAUUAGUGACGAGGAGGAUGGUGUAUCUUUAGGGACUAUGAAACUUCCAGCCAACACUGACCUCGCAAGAUUCGAAACCUUGCUCUUCCAGUGGGGUAACAGUCUCUGCCAAGGUGCUAAUUUGCCUCUCCCGUUGCCUCUGAAGGUUGACAAAAUCCCCGGUGGAGCUAGACUUGGGUUUAUCAAAAUUGAAGAUGGGCAAACCCAAGUGCCGGUGUACAUAGAUUGCUUAGUGUUUCCUGCGACUGAGAGUUCUGGUCCAAUAUUUCGAGCUAUAAGAAAUGGACCUUUGAAAGCUGAAGCGCCUCCUGGAGAACCAAGAAUCAUGAGAAGCCUUCUUGGGGCUCUUCAAAAAUCUGUAGAGUUAGCCAGACUUUAA